AUGCCCUCAUACCGAAAAACACCUCUCUUUGGCGGGGCACUCACAGCAGAGCUCCCCACCACCUUCGCAGACGUCAGCACGAUCCGCCAAGUGCCUGAUAACCAAGAAGUCUACCUGGACAAAGAGGGCUUCACAAGCAUCAUCUUCGACAUCACCGAGCGCGUCGGCCCCAGUGGCAGCACUGACGCCACCGACGGCGCCGCGCUGACCAUCCACCUCCAGGACAUUGUCGACUCUGACUCUGACCUGCUCAAAGUCUGGAGCACGACUGAUACGCAGUUCUCCAACCUUCCACCCGACACCCCAGCCUACACCCUGAUCGCGACACAGACGCCGCAGCCAGACCCAGAAGCGCGCAACCCGGCGCCGGAUUUCACAGCCAUUGUGCUGAAUCUGAUCCGCUUGGAGAGGGAGAGGACGGAUGUGCUGAUUACGAUUAAUGUGCCGCAUAUCAAGGGGGAGUAUUCGGAGGAGGAUGUGGAUCUGGAGUUGGGGAGGCAGGGGAAGCUGAUUAGUAAUGCGGUGGAGUAUGCGUCGGUGAUUUGGGAGAGCUUUAAGGUUAGGGAUUGGGGGCUUUUUGAUGAGGCUUAG